CCCAGUCCACGGACCAGAACAUUCAACAAAUGCACGAUCCGGAGAUCGCAGCAGAAGUCCUCAUGGCUUUUGACGGCAAUUCAACUCUUGCAGACUUCGAUCCAUUACUUGACCCCUACAAGUUCUGCUACGCAGACAACUCCAACAUUAAUCUCCUCCCAUACUGCUCUACCCCAUCAGAUUAUUUAACCUACUUCUCACCAGAAAUAUUUCCUCAAGAUGAACUCCAAUCCUACCAAUACCCGAAGUGCCAGAAGAUCAGCUGUGGAAAUUAUCAUAAUUACUCGGAUUUUGCUCCUGGUUUCUUCGACGGCUAUCUCCCAAAUCCUUCUGGUCUGCUUACAGAGAUAAUGCCGGAAUUCCUCGCUCCAUUGCCUGUAUCAUCUCAUUCCUGCGAUCAACAUAUUCCUGAGAGUUAUGUGAAGAAUCCCACUAAUAGGGUAAGCUUGUCUGCUCAGAGCAUUGCUGCUCGCGAAAGGAGAAGAAAGAUAACAGAGAAGACCCAGGAGCUUGGGAAGCGAAUUCCAGGAGGGACUAGGUUGAACACAGCUGAGAUGUUCCAUGCUGCUUUCAAGUAUGUAAAGUACUUGCAGGCUCAAAUCGCAGUUCUUCAAAUCAUGUCCGAUAAAGAACCAUUAAUGCAUGAUACGAAAGAACUCCAAGAUCAUCUUCUUGCAUCACCCCUUAUUCAAGAGAAGUUGUACUCAGAGGCCAAGUGCUUAGUUCCCAAACAGUUUCUUCAAACCUUAGUUAAUGAUCUUGAAAUCCAAUCAAAGCCAUUGAUGCUCAAGGACAUUCAUCAGUUGCUGCGAACCAAUGCAGCUUGAUUUGCAUGUUACAGAAGUUUAUUUUCGAUCGUUUCUCUAUUUUCCCUUAAUUAGUCUUUUUCUUUUUUU